CACCCGCAGCCGCAGCCCCGGACGAAAGCCCAACGGCACUCUGAUGCGGAACGGCGUGUUUCCUGGGAAACCGACGGCGCUCCACAACCUGGACUCCUGCUUCCCGACCAGAGCGCUCCCUGUGGACAACAGCAAAGCGCUGGUGCCCGUCGCGCCCCCGCCCGUGCCCAUGCUGCCGUCGCGCCACGACAAGAGUCGCUGUCUGCAGUCGGCGGCGGUGGUGGCGGUGGCUUCCAACGCUGUGGUUGCCGCGGCAGCCACAACCCGCGAGCGGGUGCGCUUCAGCGAGACGGUGCAGUACCACGGCUAUUGCCCAGACUGUGACCUGCAGUACGAGCUAGAGCACACGGAGCUGCACCUGCACGACGAGCUGCUGGAGGAGCAGCCCAGCCCCACGCACCGCUGCUGCUCCUCCCCCUCCCCCUCCCCCCCGCCGCUGCCCCUGGAGAACGGGGGCCUGACCACCAGCCACAGCUUCCCCCCGAGUGGCCCGCCCCCGCCCUGCACACCCCACUCCUCCACCCUCAAACCGGCCAAGACCAUCCUCCGCAAGUCCACCACCACCACCGUUUGA